CUAUUUUAUUAAAUAGCAUAUUUUAUUAACGGAAACAAAGGACAAUAAAAUAUUUUGAAAAUUAUUAGAAGCUAAGUUUGAAGAAGAAGAAUAGAGGUUAUGUUUUUGAUAACUAAUAUUUUUGAUAUUUCUACAAACAUUAUACACAUUUUAUUUACUAAUUGGAUGUAGAUAUGUUAGCAUCCGAAUCUAUUCAAUUUUAAUAUGAAGGGUACCAGUACCCCCAAUUAUAAAUUAGUAAGUGCAAGACCCAGCUACAAAAAUCUAAUAUCACUAGAUGCACUUAGUCCCAUAAAUACCAUGGAUCAGCCCAAAAAUAAAGUUGAUUCUACCCCCGUAAAACGAAGAUCAUCACACGAUCAGUCAGAAGAUGAGGAUAAUCAAAAUGAGAAUAAAAAUUCAGAAGAUGAAAGUGAUGACUAUGAAGAGGCCAACAAUACAAAAGAUGAAGAUAAUUCAGAUACUAGUGAAGAAGAAGUAAAUCUAAGAGAGAGGUCUCCUAAAAAUGAAUGUAAUGAUGAAUCACAAAAACAUGGGAGUAGAAGUCCAGCCAAGCAGAGAUGUGCCUUUUCUAACAAAGUUAAAAGAAGUGGACUGCUAUAUACCCCAGAGUCUCGUCCACCUAUUAGGGGAAAUCAAGUCAAGACAGAUUCAUCUAGUUUGUUGUAUGUAACAUUGUUAAUUUUGGCUUGUGGUAUAAUUCUGUUAUAUUUCGUUAAAAGUGAUGAUGCACUUAGUCGUGGAAAAUAUUCCAAAGAAGACUUUGAAAAAGACUUUCAUAAUCAACAUGAAGAUUUAUGGAUUUAUGUAGAAAGUGGUGUUACUGAUAUAAUUAAUAUUGGUAGGCCAGCAGUUUUGAUUCUUGCCUACAAAAGUGAUGCUGAAGAAACAACCAAUAAUAUUUGGGAAAAAAUGGCCAGGUAUAUUUCAUAUGAACUUAAUGCAGUACAUGAACCUGUAGUUAUAGAAGGCUCAACAUUGGGAAAGCAGGAGUACAUGACUGAUUAUGGAAAAAUAUUGACAGAUUAUAAAAGUAAUCUUGAAGAAAGUAAAGUUAUGGUUGUGAAAAAUUUAGAAAAAGUGCCAGGAUAUACAGCACAAGCUUUUCAUGCAAUUUGUGAUCAAUAUGAUGGUUUAGUGAAAAAUUCAUUUAUUAUUUUUACCAUGAAACUGGAACGUGAUCUACCUGCUGAUUACUACAAUUACAUUGAACAGAAAUUAAGAGUACUUUGGAGUGACAUUGAAGAUGACAAAUUUUAUCCACUGUUUACAAGACUCUCUAAUAUUAUUGUACAAAUAUUUCCAGAAGAUAACUGAUUUUAAUAAUUUUUUAUAAUCAAAUAUAUGAUUCUAUUAGAAA